AUGAGCGCCGCUUCAGCCCCACUUCCCACGUCUUUGCCGCCGUACGCGCCGCAGCUGAUGAAGAACCAUCCCCCAUGGCCGCAAACGCACUACACCGUCCUCGGCCUACCUCCAGACUGCGCGCAAAACGACAUCCGGCAGCGAUACUUUGACCUCUCGCGCAAGCACCACCCCGACAUGGGUGGGAGUGUCGGUUCCUUUAUCCCUCUACGCAGUGAGUGCUCUGCGGGCCGACAGCUCGACGGUUCUUUGCGCCAGCUGACGAACACAGACGCAUACAGCGUUCUCGGCGAUCCGGCUCAGAGGAAGGACUACGACACGUAUCUCCGCCACCUCGCCGCCACCGUCGCUUUCGCCCCAUUCACUUCGCCCUUGCCCUUCACUGACCUUCCUCAGCACGUCUCAAUCUACUCCUCGCACCCAUCAAGUGAGUACUCUCGAGGCACGUCUGCCGACUGGAGAGACGAGCCAUGGGCCUCAGCUUCUCCGUCUGGUAGCGCUGGCGUGGGAAGCCGGCGUACGCACCGCAGUACACGAUCGCCGGCUCGAUCCCCGGACCGCACGCCGCACGAAUCAAGACACUACGUGAAGGCGCACAGCACAAUGCCCCAGCCACUGCAGCAGCGCUCGGGACCAGACUACCGAUACCUGUUCGAGGAGGAAGCAGGGCGCAUCCGCCGCUGGGUCGAGAAGGUCGUUGAUGCGAACGACAGACGGGCAAGGCGAUACGAGGGCUGCAGGCGGUUCCGGCGUCAUCAGCGGGAGGCGCGGGAGGUGCCGAGAAUCACGCUGGUUCCUCAUGAUGAGCGGAGUGAGUGGAAUGAUCGCAGCGGGCCGAGUAACGGCCGAGGAGACUGGGAGACGAGCAUGACCUACGCCGAGCCCGAGGAGAGGAGGCCGGGCAAGGCAUCGACGUACGCGACUGCGCGGAGUAGGACACUCCAGUCCGAGCCCGAGCCGACCUGGACUGAACUGCUCUCGUUUGCAUCGCACGAUACCGUCUCCUCCAGCUCGUCGUCCGAUUCGACGUCACUGCCGUCUCACUCCAGCCAGUCGACAUACCGGGCCCCACACAGUGCCCUUCGAGACGAGGCAAGCGUCACACCGUCAAUGUCGCCGACGCAGCCACCUCGUCGCAAGCCGCGGCGCACACCCUUCCCCAGUCCGGCCCCUGGAACGCCAAGCGGAGCCUCAAGCACCCUCUCGGCAGUCCGGGAGACGCUUCGUCAGCACGCGGCACAGCAUGGGGAGACGCCUAUUACGCGCAUGCUCGUGGCAGAGCUGGACAAGCUCGAGGCGCGGCAGGUGAAUGCGGCAUAUCCCUACACUAGGCCUGGAUUCGGGUAUGCGGAGCACUACGCUGGUCAGGUUGGGCAGAGGCGCGCAGGACGGCUCAAGAUUCUCCUCCUCGUCCUCAGGACGCUGGUCUGGGACAGCGUCCGGCGCUGGUUCCGCGUCGAGCGGGACUGA